CGCUACUUCUGGCCCCGCCUCCGCUCCAGACUCGGAACUCUUCUUGUCCUUGUUGCUCGAGCGUUUCCAGCAGGUUGCGCGCUGGUUCUGGAAGCGGGAGCUUUCGCCCCGCUCUCGGUUAAGCCGCGCCGCGUCGCGCGGGGCCUCCGGAGCUCCUGGGAAGAGGAAGCGGCGUCUACCCGAGCAGGAAGAAAGCAGCGCGACGGGAUGUUGGCCCGAGAAUCCGAGGGAGCUCCCGAUGGGGGCUGAAGGACUGCAACCGCCCGGCCUCUCCGGGGCUUCUCCCCCGGCUCUUUGUUAAGCUCCGGCUCUUAGCCGCUCAGCUUCUGGCAGGGCGACUCGGGCGACCUCUGAGAAGCUCCCCGCGCAAUCGACUCCGCGUGCGGCGCUGCUAAAAAAGUUUGCUGCUCGCGGGCGGGCGGCGAAGGCGAGGCAGUGCAACCGCGGGGCGGAGUACAAACUUUCCUCCGGGGCUGUUGUUGCUGCAGCAGCUCGGCGGCUCCGUCCUGGGGAGGCUUCCUGACGCGGCGUUGGUAUCUGCCGACCCGUCUUUUUUAAAACUUCCGAGAGGCUCGGAUUUGGAGCCUCCCUUUGCGGACAGCAUCGGAUUAACAAAUCGAAUCGGAAGCCCGUCCCUUCCGAGGCUUCUUCCGCCUCCCUCCAAGGGAAUCUCUCCCCAAGUUGGGACCCCUUGUACGGGCACCGGCUCCAAAGCGUCUCUCCUUCCAUUCUUCCCCCCCGGCCCCGGGGGAGAUGUUCCAUUAAGGGGCGACCCAGCGCGGCCCGCCGCUGCUUGGCUUUGAGUUUCCGGCGUGGAGUUUAUGCUUCAAGGAAGAAACGGGUCCGCCUGUGUCUCCCGCGAGCCCCGCCAUGUCGACGGCGAUCACCGCCGCGGAAAAAGUGGAUGGCUUCACCCGGAGGUCGGUGCGCAAGGCUCAGAAGCAGAAGCGGUCGCAGGGCUCGUCGCAGUUCCGGAGCCAGAGCAGCCAAGUGGAGCUCUUCCCGCUGCCCCAGCUCAAAGAUGCUACUUCAAAUGAACAGCAAGUCCUCUUCUGUCAGAAAUUACAGCAGUGCUGUGUAUUAUUUGAUUUCAUGGACUCUGUCUCUGACUUAAGGAGCAAAGAAAUUAAAAGAGCAACACUGAAUGAACUAGUGGAAUAUGUUUCUACAAAUCGUGGUGUGAUAACUGAAUCAGCAUAUUCAGAAAUUGUAAAAAUGAUUAGCUCUAAUAUCUUUAGAACACUUCCUCCAAGUGAAAAUCCUGACUUUGAUCCAGAAGAGGAUGAGCCUACAUUAGAAGCUUCAUGGCCUCAUAUACAGCUGGUGUAUGAAUUUUUACUAAGGUUUUUAGAAAGUCCUGAUUUCCAACCUAGCAUUGCAAAACGACAUAUUGACCAGAAAUUUGUACAGCAGCUGUUGGAGCUUUUUGACAGUGAAGAUCCACGAGAGCGUGACUUUCUAAAAACAGUACUUCAUCGAAUUUAUGGCAAAUUCCUUGGAUUAAGAGCAUUCAUCAGGAAACAAAUCAAUAAUAUUUUUCUCAGGUUUAUAUAUGAAACAGAACAUUUCAAUGGUGUUGCUGAGCUACUUGAGAUACUGGGAAGUAUUAUCAAUGGUUUUGCAUUGCCACUGAAAGCUGAACAUAAACAAUUCCUUCUGAAGGUUCUUAUUCCAAUGCAUACUGCAAAGGGAUUAGCUUUAUUUCACGCACAGCUGGCGUACUGUGUUGUUCAGUUCUUGGAAAAAGACAUGGCAUUAACAGAGCCGGUUAUCAGAGGAUUGCUGAAAUUUUGGCCAAAAAUAUGCAGCCAGAAAGAGGUUAUGUUUUUAGGUGAAAUUGAAGAAAUUCUGGAUGUAAUAGAACCGACACAGUUCAAAAAAAUACAAGAGCCUCUUUUUAAACAGAUAGCAAAGUGUGUGUCAAGUUCACAUUUUCAGAUUGCAGAAAGGGCUCUGUACUUUUGGAAUAAUGAAUACAUUCUUGGUCUGAUUGAAGAGAACAUUGAUACAAUUUUGCCAAUUAUGUUUGGCAAUUUAUAUAAGAUCUCCAAAGAACACUGGAAUCCGACCAUUGUAGCAUUAGUAUAUAAUGUGCUGAAAACACUGAUGGAGAUGAAUGGGAAACUGUUUGAUGAACUCACAAGCACUUACAAAGCAGAAAGACAAAGAGAGAAGAAGAAAGAAUUAGAACGUGAAGAAUUGUGGAAAAAGCUGGAAGAACUCAGACUCACCAGAACUUUGUCUAACCAGCCAAGUAAUACCUCCUCCUCUCUGACAAAUAUACCAAAUGAUAGUGCCAAAGGGUUGGACUGGAAGACCUCUGAGAUCCCCUCUAGCCCUAUGAUUCUAUGAUUCAACCUGACUCUGAAGGAUGGCCUAGCUGCUCCAUUUAAAGUUUAGGCUGUGCAAUUUGUAUGCAGACGUGCAAGACAGCUCUUUGUGUUAAAGAAAAAGCAGUGCUUGAGAUGGCAAAAAAAAAAUGAUUCUUAAAAGUUUUGUCUGUUUUUACUUGAUCAGUGGGGUGCUCUUUUGCAGAUCUUUAUAUCAGAGUAUCAUUCCAAUCUCUUAAAUUUUAAUUGUGUGGAAAAUGGUUUUGUAUUGAAAGAUUGAGGGAUUGAGCAGCAUUCAAUAAAGUCUUUAUGUUUGUAAUUAGUGCUGUAUAUUACCAUUUUUGUAAUUUAAUGAAUAUAAAUAGGAUAAUGGUUAGAUUGAUGGGCUAUUUUCCAGCAAAAUAGUAACAUUUAAUUAAAAGAUUUAAAUAAUAAAAUUAAAGCAGGUGGCAGUUAUCAAACUGAAAUGAAGGUAGUUUGACAAAAUAAAUGUUGAUACUCAAAUUUUAGUUAGGCUUUUUGCAGAAAAAACCAACAAUGGGUGCUAUCCGGUGGUGCAUUGUCAGUUGUACACAUCUGGGGGGAAUUUUUGUUACUCAGAUCUGCUCCAAAACCCCCCCACCCCUCACACAUUCCAGACUAGUUUUUAGGAGAAUGGGUUAGUCUGGGAAAUUACAGGAGAAAAGCCAAUUCAUUCUACUUAAUGGAUAUUAUUCAAAAUUGUUAUGGCCCUCAUCUCCUCUUCAUUUUAUUGACCAAACAAAACAAGAUUCUAUCUUUAAUGCAGAAGGCAUGUUCACAUGCCUUGCACAUAUUCAUCUUUAUGUCUACAAAUACUUGGAAUAAUUAUAAUGAUAGUAUUUUGGAUUUGAUGGGCAAUAUUCCAAAAUAUAAACACAAUCAUGGAUCUGAUCGUGCUUCACAUGAUUCAAAAUAAAAUAUUUCACUUUACUAUAUUCUAUUGCCUCCUCAGAAGGUGGCAGAAAGUGAAUGCAGAAUUAAUGGUUAACAUUUUUAAGUAAUUUUCUUUAUCAUACCACCAUAAUCUGCCUGGAGGUUUUAAACAGGAGAAAAAUAUUUUAAGUAAAUAUGAGUAUCUAAACUAAUAUAAAUCUUUCUCAUUUAACAAAUAAUAAUCUUUGUAAUAUUUCACUAUUACAUGUGUUUUCUUUUUUUACUGCUUAUGGAUUUAUGAGUAAGUUUUCUAUCUAUAGGUUUUGGAAGAUGUCUGAUUUACU